UGUUCAUGAUGAUCACUCGCGAAACCGAGCUCGGACUGUCGGAGGGAAACUCAAAUUUCUUUGGCAAACAUCAGCAGUAUUGAUUUCACAGUUUUAUGCACUUGACUUUUGUCAUCUUAUUUUGACGGCAACACGACCACUCCAGAUCUUUGAGUUAACAAAAUGCCGCGCACGCUCCGUCCUUCUCCGAGACGAGGUCGUGUGUUGCGUCCAACACAAGUGGACAACCUGGAGAACAUCAACAAUAACCAUGGCAACAGCAGUGACCCUGAUGCGGAUCCGGAUGUUGACGUGAGCAAAAUGAAGACGAUUUUUGAGCGCACCCCCAAAAUAGUGCCCUUUGCCACACCCCACCCUCCCCCAGCACAAGGAGGAGACGAGAUGGGGAGCAGACGGGGAACGAGUACCUACGGUACUGUGAGAAACAGACUAGAGAAGACGCUACUGGGCGGAGACAGCGGGGAUGAAGAGAGGCGUGUCAGUCCUAGCCUCAGACAGUUGAGGAUGACACCAGGCAGAGCUUUGCAGAAGCAGAAAAUACUGGAACGCAAGCACCACGAGGCCAAGUCACGAGCACACUCUCUGGGUGUUGGCGGGGGUGUCAGCCUCUGGCCCCAGAUGGAGAACAUGAGGCUGACUCAGCGAGAGGUAGCGGUGCUUGCUGCUGCGUCUCUCUUCCUAGGUGCAGGCGUUGUCCUUCUCUUUCACUACCUUCAUGGGACAACAUUGGACAGCCUAAGAUCUUUCAACAAGCAGCUUGCUAAAUUCAGUGUGGUGAACAAGAUUGAGGCAACAAGUCAGGGGGACUUGGACAAAUCUGUGCUAGCCUGGCACCUGGCUUUUACCAAUCUUAUGGACUCUAUAAAUAUCGAAUUUGACACCCGGUGGCCCAAGAUCUUAGGAAUGUACCACGUGUGUGCGCUGGUCUACAUUAUCUGCAUCUUUCUCCUGCUGUACUACCUGGCUGAGAAUAUCUUCACCACGAGUCGUCUGACGCCGUACAGGAUAAAAGUGUGGGUGUCUCUGCUGGUUGUGACUGGUACUUGGAGUUUGUUGAUGGUGUACCUUCUGAGUCAGGCCCAAACUCUGGAGGCUAGAGUGGAGUCCAAUGUACAUGUGCUUAGCAACCAUCUGAGUGACUUUGUCUUCCUAGACCUGGACUUGGAACGUUAUAAGAAUGUCCUUCUGUACUGGCAGACUCGCUGCCUUCCCCCGACGACCUCCGGCAUGCUGAGCAUCAUGGGAUUGCUGCAGGUUCGAGAUGUCUCCUACUACCUCCAGUACUACAGCUUGCCCGUACUGACUGCCCUGCUGACCCCAGUGGUGCGGCUGAUUUUAGCCUUGAGAGAAGUCUACAGCACCGACUCCAGAAAGAAUUAGAGCUUCAACCUUUGAAGCAACUCUGUUUACAGGCAAAAGAAGGAAUCUCUGCAUCUGUUCAUCUUAGAAUUGGAAUGAGGCUCUUUUACCGGGAUCCUUGCCUCAUUGAAGGGAUAAUUAUGUUAAAGCUACCUACGUAGAGCAAAAAUACAAAUGAUUGUUUUACAUGUUGUGUAGUCUUGCUUUCAACUCGUUCCAACACGGCAGCUCUGUGUACAGAGAAAUGCUGCCUCAUUGAUGAGAUCAGACAAGUUUGUGUUUAGAAACCAACUCACUAUUAAAACCUUGAGAACUGAUCAAAAUCUACCUUAUCCACUCCGAGCGGAACAAAAGAAGGUGUGUUUUUUGGUACUCACUGCGAAGGCGCGCCAUGAGCGGCGCAAGUAUAUGCACGUUUGACGCGGAGCAUGCUGAGUACGUGUAACUAAUUUUAAUAUUCCAGCAUAUAUAGUCUUUGCGUACACGCAGAACGUGUACAAGAACCGGUUUGUAACCACCUUUCUUUUCGCCGAUUGGGAGUACACUUCAGCUCGGGAUAGAUACAUGCUGACCACUAAGGGUUUUUAGCACUGCUUAUAAUCAGUCUUCUCUCUCCCUCAUUAAGUUCAUCGUGAACUGUUAUUUGAGGGGGAAAGUUGGAAAUACAGAAUUCAUGUAAGUGCUCAUUUUGUCAAUUGCUUUUUAGAGCAAAAAGUGCAGAGGGACAGUACUUUUCAGUAGGAAUUAAAUUGAAAGGUAAUCUUAGUUUUACCUUGUAUCUACACCUAAAAGAACGAAGAGUGCCAUGCAUAAAUUAAAGCAGGAUUUCAUAGUGGGAGCCUGAUGUAUUGUCAGGGUUGUCAUGCCAUCAGGUGCCGAUAAGUCACUGAUUUCCCUGAGUAAGAACUGUAAAAAGUACAAAGGAAUUUUUGAGUGAAUUACUUGGCAUAUGAUUUGAUAAUUUACUAUAGGAGUUGCAAAUUGCAUAAAAUAUGACAGAUUAAAUGACAGUAUAAUAUUCAAAACUUGUGAAUAUACAUUACGCAUUUUUAUUGCCUCAUAAUUGUGUAAUAUUUCACCAUGCUACAUUGAUUUCAACCUUGAUUUUGCCAGUAUAAAAGCUAUGUUUGACAGACCAACAGUCAUUAUUCAUGUGACAAUUAUCAAUGACUGAUUUUCAAAAUUAAACAGAUUUCUCACUGUACUCUGAAGGUUGACAUAAAAAUUGAAACAGUGCUUACAACAAAAGAGCACUUUGGGCAUUCGAUUGUGGAGGAGCUGACAUUGGUGCAUAUUUUUCAUACUUUCACCGUAGCAUGGUUAAAUUUUCAUCAUGCUGCAUCAAAAUGCCAUAUUUCCCUCGCAGGAUCACUGGAUCAGUGGUGAGAUUUGUCAGGAUUUUUCCCGAUUUCAGGAUUUUUCAGACAAUCUGUUUUUAAGUUUGUCAUUGAGGUGUUUUGACGUGUAAAAGUUGGUUUAGUGCACAAGAAAUGGGCCCUUAGGCAGACACAAAUGUAUACCAUAGAGCCUAUGCUGCUGGUGCUGUGUGAUUACAUUUUUCACUCUCCUCCAAUCUCACCCUUGGGAUGCACCCUUUGUGUUCACCUGUUUCAUUAAUUGACCAAGAUUUGAUCAUUAGUAUUAAAUGUAUUGAAACUGGCCCGGGUGAUUUUGGUGACAACAAAUUUGGUGUCCCUCUUUACAUUGUGAUACUUGUUUGCCUGUUAUUACUAAGAGUGAAGACAUACAUAUUUAAAUGAUUCUAGCAGCUCACAUUAUAGAACUUUAACCUAAAUAUCCGGUGACAAAGGAUGAAAUAUCUAAUAUUAAUAGUUUGCGGUUGUACGUGUGAGGGGACAUCAAAUUGCAACAUUUUGGAAUGUGUUUUGGGGUCUUAACAUGUCAAAUACUAUAACUCCUUUAGAAAUGACCCUUUAUUUAUAUUAAAGCAAGUUAUUUGGAUUUGGAAUGACACUUUAUUUAAAUGAUUUAGUGACUAGCUGAACAAGAUUCGUAAGUGACAUGUUUCGUGUGUAAACAAGAUCUACGUCCUGUUUCCGUUUGGGGUCAACAUGUCUUCAGACUAACCCAAUCAUGGUAACAUCCUCAGUCAGUUCUGAGCGAGACAAAUGUAAUGAAUUCAAAUUUUUGUCAGGUUUGACAAUGUGCCGUUACACGGCCGACAUCUGAAGGGUACAGGAAUCCACCCUCGUCAGUGAGCUUUUCCCCAAACCGGUAGCACUGGUUGUAUGGUCGCAAAGCAGGGGCAACCACAUUCAACG